UUGUAAUCGAGACAGAAACAACCGCCAAAUAAAGUGAAAGUAGAAUUUCUACGAAGUUGAUCAACUUCAUGGCAUCACGAAGUUUAUCAGACUCAGACUCAGAGCCUGAGGAUGCCCUACACAUCGGCUCUAACAAUGACGAUGGAGACCUUGGUGAGCCGCCUCAGAAAAAGAAGAAGGUGGAAAAUGUGGGUGGCGGCCUGUAUAAUGACUUCUCAGCCAGGAUGAUGGCCAAGAUGGGCUACAAAGAGGGAAUGGGCCUGGGUAAGGCACAGCAGGGGCGGACCGAGAUUGUGGAGGCGUCCAAUCAGAGAGGGAGGCGCGGUCUGGGGUUACGCAUCAAAGGACUCGAGCCGUCGAGGGAAGUGGAUUGGAACUUUGAGCUUGAGGAGAUCAUUGAAAAAGAGGAGAUUUCUUGGAUCCCAAAAUGUGGUGAGCCAGUUCCCAGCAUUGAGAUAAUGCGGAACUGGAAAGUCGUGGGCAAGAAAAAGUUAACAAUAGAUGAUGAAAUAGAGUUCUGCGAUGAAGAUGUUUUAUCAGCGAUUUUAAAAUGCAAGAAUGUAUUUGAUGAACUUGAGCCAGAGGAAAUGAGAAGAGCAAGAACACGAUCAAAUCCUUACGAGACGAUACGGGGGGCGUUCUUUCUCAACAGAGCAGCGGUCAAAAUGGCAAACAUGGAUACAAUGCUUGAUGACAUGUUUACAUCACCGAAGGAUGCAAAUGGGAAACCUAUACUGAAGCCUUCUGACAUUUUGUUCUUCGCUGAUAUCUGUGCGGGGCCGGGAGGUUUCAGUGAGUACGUGCUGUGGAGAACCAAGGGGGACGCCAAGGGAUUCGGAAUGACCUUGAAAGGUCCUUGUGACUUCAAAUUGGAAGACUUUUUUGCGGGACCUCCUGAAAUGUUUGAGCCUCAUUAUGGUGUGGGAGGUAUUGAAGGAGAUGGGGACAUAUUUAACCCCAAGAACCAGGCCGAGUUUGUCAAGUUUGUGAAGGACAACACGGAUGGCAAAGGGGUCUACUUUGUUAUGGCUGAUGGGGGUUUCUCGGUGGAAGGUCAAGAAAACAUCCAGGAGAUUUUGUCCAAACAGCUUUAUCUCUGUCAGUUCCUGGUCGCCAUUUCAAUCCUCAGACCCGGUGGUCACUUUGUGUGUAAAUUGUUUGACCUGUUCACCCCGUUCAGUGUGGGGCUGGUUUAUCUGAUGUACAGGAUCUUCGACAAAGUCUCCAUCUGUAAACCCGUCACCAGCCGCCCAGCAAACUCAGAGAGGUACAUAGUGUGCCAGGGUCUCCGUGACGACAGUGACCCAGUUAGACAGUACAUGCAUGAGAUUAACCUAGAUCUAAAUCGUCUUCUGGUCCCGUCCUCAACACAGGAUGUCUGCCAUAUUGUUCCAAUGGAUGAGCUUCAUGCUGACGAGUGUUUUAUCAACUACAUUUAUGAGUCUAAUGUAAAACUUGGUCAAAUGCAGAUUUCAGGUUUAAAAAAGAUUCAAGCUUUUGUUCAGAACGGUCAGUUGUACGAGACCAGGCAGGCUGAUGUCCGCAGAGACUGCCUGAAGAGGUGGAAUCUCCCUGAUGAAGUCAGAAAAGCUCCUACAAAAUCAAAUCCCAAAGACAAGUUUGAAUCUAUCACAGAGGGGAGUGAUGUGGAUUUUAUUUCCCAUGACAUAGAGGAUCUCAGCCCAGAUACGCUCUCCAAUAUCAAAACUCCGUACAAUUACCGAUGUUAUGUGGUGGGGAACCAAGAACGGAAGCGCUGGUACCUACUCGGCUGUGGGAGGUCGCAUGUAUUUAAAUGGGAUGGAAAUCCUCAAUCGCGGUGGAGGAAGUUGGAUGAGAUACGAAUCGAACUACCGACAGACACACUGAUUGAGGUGGAGAUCGUUCAGGAGAUGAAAGGCGAGGGGACAGGCCAGCGGAGGGUGACGAUCUUGCAUGCUCUAGACGCUCUCUUCCUGUAUGGCAAAGAUGUCCGUAGUUACGCCUUCAGCGACAGAAUUGAGCGGCUGAAGAAGUUUGUGCGGUGCAUCACCAAACAUACUCGCAACGAUCUGACCAAGAUCCACAUCCCAUACAUCUACAGGCUGGAGGAGGUCCAUCAGCUGUUUGACAGGUUAGAGUUCCGGCGAGUGAAGGGCUCCAGUAAUCCCCGUCUGUGCUACUGCCCCCCGGACCGUGACGACGGACGAUGCUUCCUGCCUUCUGGUCUCUGUAUCGUGAAAAUUGUCAAAGAUCCCUGGACUAUGGCGCUUAGCAAAUCAGCCAAUCAAAAGUACUUUUACAACACACUUACAAAAGAAUCAACGUUUAGCUGUCCUUUAAACAGUAUGGCAAACUGCAGUGACUGCAAGAAAUCAAGCUAUUUAUGGAAGUUUGAGGAAGGAGUGAAAAUCCAUCCAAAUCAGGCAUUCUCAGCCAACCCCAAAAAGAUCUCCAAAGACAAUUUCUUGGACUACAUUCAAAUGUUGUCUCCUCGGUGACCUUACAUAAACCUACAUCUUAUAUAUAUAUUAUUCAUCUUCAUCCUCAACGCUCAUGAACAAUUUGUUUUUUUCUUGUGCAACAUGAGCCAUGAAAUGUUGCUGAGAAUUUUAUUAAUGUGUUUUUGAUUGACUCUUUAUAUAAAUUUGUAUGAUUUAUAUAAACAUCUUGUUGUGAAUCAAA